GAUCAGAACAACAUCGCUCCCAAGGUGGAGGUGGGCAGUGACUGGGCAGGCCACAAGAUCGGAAGGACGGGCAUUUCGAGCGGACGCAUCUGCCUCGACGAGACGGCGGUUCCAGCAUGCAGCAGAACGCAGGCAAGCCCAGUGACAUUUUCAGCCGGGUCGGAGAUCUACAGUAUGGGUUCAGGGGCGUGCGAGGGUUUGUUCGUGAAGUCGUUCCCCGAGGAGUUGUUUCCAGGCCAGCAGGUCAGUCUGCAGUUAGAAUCGGGCAGUUCAGCUGGGAUAUCAUAUCAGAGCCGACAUGUUCUUGGGAAGUUGAAGCACGUUCAUCUUCGUCACGUGUUUGUUCAAGGCUUGCUCCGUGAAGGGCGCUUGGUGAUUCAUGAGAUUCCGACAGCAGACAACAGCAGUGAUCUGGGCACUAAGUACCUAGAGAAAUCAGCUUUCGAGAAGCACAGGUGGGCUGUAGGUUUGCGUGAUCGUGACGGCGGCGAUGUUUACGAAGCUUCUGAGGUUCAUGCUGAUACUAAGGCAAGUUCUACCAUAGGUGAGGGCGAAUGUCGGCGAGGUAUCGUUGUCUGUUUGGGAGGUCUAUAGACUGGCAGGGGCGCGGAUGCUACUGGCAGGGCUUCUACGAUCGAGACGGUGGACAGAUCGAACGGUGUUUCUGUUUCGACGCAGAUGAUGAUGCGGAUCGCUCUCAUCGUUGGUGGAUUUGUUUUUGUUAUACAUAUAUAUGUAUAUAUAUGUAUAUCUGCAGAACUACGUGUCGGAUACUAGAUCGAGAAGGCUGACGCCAUAUCGAGUUCCAAAAAGGGUGAUCCACCGAUCUCAUUCUCAGGCAAAGGAUGCGUCAAGGGCUCCAGGAGAUAAGAGUCGCCAGGCGGAUGUCCGAACUGCUCUACUAUGCAUGCGGACGAUUUGACGAUCAAUGCGAUAGGGAGCAGGCUCAAGCUGUGCAAGCCCCGUUGAGACACCAGCGGUAGUAAGCUUGCUUCAAUUGAGCGCCCGAAGGCUGAGGAGCCUUGAUGGCGCUAGCGAGUUCCCGUGCUGCGAAACGUUACUUGUUUUAACGGGCGGUUUGCGCUCGUUUCUGUUGCAUGAGGGCCCGGGAGGACCACUAAUUUAUGAGAGCGGAGUCGGACGAGGUUUCGACGCGACUCCGAGGGGGUGGGCGUGUAUGUAUGCUCUAAUGAGGUCUCUCGGGGUCCCGGUCGAGGCCCCAGUUAGGUGUGAAAGUGUGCCGUGCUAAAGGUGCGGUGAGAGUCUUGGUGGGUUAAAGUUGCCCGCCUAGGAGGCCCCCGUGUGGAGGGCUGGUAGAGACCUUUUGCAAGCUAGCAGAGAGAGGGAGCUAAAGCGGCUGCAGGCCAUUAUGGCCCAAGUGCUACGUUGAGAGGGAGAGGGUUCCUCACCAGGGGCCUCAUUCGCCCAUUUUGAUCAAAC